CCAGACUGUGCUUAACAAAUAUCAAUGUGCAAAAGACUCGUUUCCAAGCCAAGAAUUCAGAAAAACCUCAUUAAAUUGUUUGUAAAUUGUAAAUAAAUUUGAACAUGAGUGUCAAUGUAGAAUUUUUAGAUGAGGAUUGUUUGCGUAAAUGUAAAUGUUGUUUGGACGAUAAGGAAUUAAAAAACUUAUGGGACGUGCAUAUUUACGAUGGUGAUCAAGAAAUCUACGGCCAUAUGCUGACAGAAUGUUUUGCUUUACCGUGGCAGCCAUCUGAAGAUGUCGAGUAUAUUUGUGAGUUAUGUGUCUCAAGGCUCCGGGAAGCCGUUCACUUCAAACAGGAGAUAUUAGCCACUGAAGAGAUAUUGGCUAAUGAGAUAAACGUCAAAGAAGAACAUGGUGCAGAGAAUGUGGAAACAGAAGUUCAAUACCUCUCACAAGAUGAAUACGAGCAAGAACAGUAUGUCGAUCAAGAUGAUGUCAUAAAAGAGAAUGUCAAAAAAGAAACACAAUCAGUUCAAGAAGUGAAUAUAGUGCAGGAUGUUCUCUUGGGAGAGGACUUUGAGCAAGUGGAGUAUCUCGACUUAGAAGAAGCUUUACAAGAUAAACCACCGAAACUAAAUUUCAACAUCGAAGAAUCAAGUCAGUCCUCCUCGUUGCCCGAAGGUCCUCAGUCCCCGAAAAGGAAAUGGCCUAAGAAAAAGAAGAAAAGCGAGCGUACGAAACAGUACAAGCAGUACACACAGCAAGACCUAAAGAAGGCUAUAGAAGCCGUGAGAAGUGGUGAGAUGACGUUAGCUAAUGCCGCUGUUGAAUACGGUGUGCCGAAGAAAACUCUGACCGUUAAAGUUAACAGCGAUGAUGGCACUGUUACCAGCGACCAAAAAAAUAUAAAAUAUUACAAGCUUAUCGAGGAAAUAAAGACAAUUCUUCUUCACACUACAGCGAUACCUUUCAAAACUAGAACAACAAGGUACUACUGCUUCUAUUGUUCCACGGAAGGACCACAUUUUGAAGAUCCGGACGAACUAAGGAAACAUACAAGGUCAAAACAUGCACAUGAACGCACAAAAAUUGAAAUAUACAUGCGUCCGCAGUGGUUAAACGAGAUAAUCAAGCUCGACGUUGACGACUUACGAUGCAAAUCUUGUGAUAUUCUUCUGCCGGACUGGAAUUACAUGUUUGUCCAUUAUGCAGAAGUCCACGAUUUAGAAUUCGACCUGGCCUACACCAACAUCAUACCAUAUGCGCUGGAUUCAGACUUGAAAUGCGUUCUAUGUCACCAGAAUUUCCACAACUUUGGCCAUUUGGAUAGCCAUAUGAAUAACCAUUAUAGUAAUUACAUAUGCUACGAGUGUGGGGAUACUUUUUUAUCAGCGAGUCGUUUAGACAAACAUCUAAAUGUCCACAAAGUUGGCAAUUAUCCUUGUGAAAUGUGUGAGAAAGUAUUCACAUUAGAAAAGUAUCGUGCCAAACAUAUAAGCUUAGUGCAUAAUCAAGAAAGUACAAUUAAAUGUCUUUAUUGUCCCGAGAAGUUUGUCGGACUAUUCCAAAGACACGUGCAUGUUACCGAGCAUCAUAAGGAAAAAGUUAAAGUUAUGACAUGUGAAUAUUGUGGUAAUUGUUAUAAUUGGAAGCCGUAUUUCUUGGCCCAUAUGAGGAGAAGGCACGGGGUUGAGAAAAAGCAUAGGUGUAAGCACUGCGAUAAGGCCUUCCUUAUGAGGUAUGAGCUGAAAAAUCAUAUGGUUCGUCACACUGGAGAAAAAAAAUUCUUGUGCGGUCUAUGUGGUGAGAGCUUUACUAGGAUGAUAGCUUUGAACAGACACUGUCAAACGCAUAAAGAAUUUAACGUGUUGCAGAAAGAUUAGAUAGACUAAUCUUUUUGGUGUUUUAUUUUUGAUUUUGAUAAUUAUGUGAAAAAUACAGUAGAUAUUACAACAUUAUGUAAUAUUUAGUUAAUCAUAAUUUAUCGAUGGUGAAUAAACUUUUUUUCAUUAUAUGUUAGAAUAUUUACGAACAACUAAAAAUAUUAAACUAUUGACUGAAA